AUGCUCAACAAGAGCACACAGUCACAGAUCAACUGGACUGUAGACAAUUUACAUGGAAUUCCUUGGGAUUUAUCUCCUUCUGAAGAGUCAUAUCUUCAUUAUGAACAGUUGACAUCGUUCAUCAAAGAACAUGUUCAAGAUCAACCAAUAUUUGUCAAGGGACGCCCGAAGAAACAGUGGUUGGAAAGAUUCAUCACUAAUCCCAUCACCGAUCUACAUGAACUAGGAUGCCCAAAUCUUGGCAAGCUGAAGGAAAUGUUCCAGUACAAACAUUGUUAUAAACAUGUGUAUAAUAAUAUGCGUUGUGCUUUAGAAAAUGUUCAUUUGUUAUGUAAUUGGAAUGUUAUAUCUAAUGCUGUAACAUUGCAAACAUUGUAA